AUGUUGACACCACAGUUCAGCAUCACCCAAGAUGAAGAAUUUUUAUUCAUUUGCAUCAACAUUGCUGCGAUACGAUUUAGCGCUGCUAGUUUAGAAAUGGUAGUCGAUGAAAACCUUUUCAUAUUCCACCUUUCUCCAUACUAUUUGAGACUAAGAUUCGCCCAAAACCUGGUUGAUGACGAGAGGUCUAACGCCGAAUUUAGGUCACAAGAUGAAACUAUUCGCAUCAAAAUACCAAAGGCUACGAAAGGAGAGUUUUUUGAUGAUUUGGACUUGCCAACUAAACUUCUAGCAAGGAAGGGAGACAUUUUGGGCGCAGAUGCGGUUAAGGGGCCUCCAAAGAACAGCGCAGGGCCUUUGAUUCAAGAAAUUGAUGCACCCGGGGAGAAUACAAACUCUGAACAGCAAGGAGAGGACUUUAGUUGGGAGAUUAGCCAGACACCGGCGUCGCCCUCUGAUGCUACUAAAUUAUUGACAUCCAAAUAUGGCUUUGACAAUAAUUACAGCUCUGUAAUUGGGGUAUCAAUAGCUAACGGAAAUGACAUUAAUGAGCUAGACGAUCCUGAAAAGAGUAGUGGUGAAGACCGCGUUCAAGAAAGGUUACGCAAAGAGAAUCUGAAAUUUGAUCCUGAAUAUUAUGUUUCAGAAUACAUGACUGCUAAGUACGGCAAUGAAGACGAUAUACAAAUCAACGGGAUAAAGUCACUAAUAAAGUUUACCCCUCCGUUAGUCAAAAAGUUCUUGAAAUGGUAUAAGCAAGCGGACGACAAGGAGGCGGUCAUGAGCGUGGAAUUCACAGAAGCUGAACAACAACAAAUGCAAAAAAAUCUUCCAAAGAAAAACUACCUUGUAGACGAUGUCAAGAAACUUUAUAUUACCAUGCUCUCUCUACUUUUCGCUUACGCGUUCGAACAAGUUGAAAACGAGGGUGUUCACAAUACGGAGUCUGCUUGGACAAUUGGAAAGUUGGCUCCUCAGCUCUCCUUCCUUGACCAACAAGUUAUUCCUGAGAGCGAUACAAGUGAUUUCUCGAUAAUCAAGGCGGUAAUAUUAACCGGCGUUAGACGGAGUUUAAGCUAUCCGCUUCACAGGAACUUCGAUCUGUCUAUCAAAGUAUGGAACUAUGUUUAUUAUACCCUACGUGGUGGGAAAAGACUCGUAAUCCAGGCCCUUCUGGAUUUACAUGAAGUUUUCCGUUUUCAUGACGUGUACUAUGUGUACAAUACAGUCCUUAUUAGCGACUUGUGUGCUUGGUUCAUCACUGCGGGAAACGAAAACGUUAUCAGGAGCCUUGCAAUAGAAUUGAAGAAAGAACUCGAUCAAGUUACAAAGAGGGACAUUGAUUUUGACUGUGUCUGCGGGAUUGAUGAAUCGUCUGGCGAAGUCUCUUGGGAGAACAUGAAUAUUGAAGAGAUGGAAAUUUUAUCGGAGCAGGAGUACUUGCAACAAAGUGGGAGACCCACCUGA